AUGAAGUCUACCAAAUUACUAGACGGCCACGGAAGUCUCUACAAAGAAGUACGCUUCUCUCCGACCGAAACGCCUAUCCGUCGCACAAAAUCCGUUUCAGCCACAUUUCCUCCCGUCAUUUCGGGCUACGGCCGAACUGCAUUUAAAGACUCGGCGUUGCUGAAUUCGUUCGCCAUGGAUACUUCAUAUAUCGACCAAUCACGAGCGCUUCUCCAGAGUCAACAGGUGAACUUCGAGACGGAGAGGAAAUUGUUUGCGCAAGAGCGACGAUUGUGGGAGAAAGAGCGGGCGCUGUUACGAUCAAAGAUUACCGAGCUGGAGCUGUUUGUGAAAAGUCAAGGGAACAAAUCAAAUCAAUUAGGGUCAGAAGCGUCCAAACUUGUGCUGGCAGGUGGAAUAUCACAAUAUAGCGCAAAUGGAUUCACGGCUCAAGUGUGGGAGGGGACAAGUCCAGGCAAUCGGCCUACAAGGGUGUUCUUCGAUCAUGAAUCUCCAGAUCAAAGCUAUCUAUCGCCGAUCUCUGAAAGCGGGCUGAAUCUGCCAUCCCUUGAUCGAGCCCUCUGCCAGUCGCAACUAGUAGAUCCUUCUGGAGCGCCUGUGAGUCUGCCGGUGCCAAUUGAAAAGCUUGACAGCACCCUGGAUGGCAUCACACUUAAGUCCACAGCGUUGCCACCUGCUGUGGUAGCUCGAGUAAUCACCCCGCCCUCCCCAUCGCCCUUGGUAAUCUCCCCUGGAACUGCCCCUUCAACCACCGCAAGGCCUUCCAUGGAACAUCGAAACAGUCUCAAACUGAAGCUGUCAGAGCUCGGCCCACCCAAUGAGAACUUGCUUCGCCAUGCCGGUCACACCCCAAUGGCGAUCAUCGACACUGAUGAUAGUCGACGGUCCACCCAGGAGGGGUCUCCCCUGGAGGUUCCCUCCCAGCUCGAGGAGGGCCCUCUUUCGCCCGUGACAACGAACGUUCACCAGCCCUCCGAAAAUAAGAUCUCCUAUUUUCCCGAUGUGCCAGACGACCCCGCUCUCAAGGGGCCCCUCGGUCUGAUUAAUGAUGAGGAGCACGACUCCAAUUUUCUGAACGAACUGGAUCAAAAACUCCUUCUUCAAGCGAAGAAUAUACUGGGCAGCUCGGUUGAAUCGGCUGAUCCCAAUGAGUCUGACUCCGAGUCUGAGUUCCCUAAUGAGGAGGAGAAAGAACCUGAAAUGAAGUUUAAGAAGUCAACGAAUUUUGGCACUGCAUUUGGAAGGUCCAACUUGAGUCAAGUCUAA